AUGAGUUAUUUACCUAAUGGGUCAAACCCAGCAACAAGCUCCUUCACAUGUAACACGUGUGGCAUAAGAUUUAUCAGUGCUGAUUUACAAAGACAACACAUGAAGACAGAAUGGCAUAGGUAUAAUUUGAAAAGAAAAGUUGCCCAAUUGCCUUCAAUAUCGUCUGAAACAUUUGCUGAAAAGAUUUUAAGUUCUAAACUUCGAAACCAUGAUGACCAGGAUCAUGAGGAUGAAUAUGGUUUUUACGUCGCAACACGGAAGAGAAAGAAUAAUUCUAGGAAGCAGAACAAAAACGCCUUGAGGUCCAUUUACAAUCAAAGAGGAAGAGCACAAACUCAGACAGAUACCCAUGGAAUUACAGAACGAAGUGCUAGUCCUGCUCUAUCUGUUGCAUCCGAAUUUUCCCAAUUUUCACUUGGUGACGAUCACGAGAGCUUUGUUGAGAUUGAACCAGUGUACACGGGAUCUGAGUUGAACUUUACAGAAUCGUCAGAACUUACCGAUUCUGGUAGUGAACAGGAGGAUUCAGUAUCGGAGGACGACUUGGAUUCAAAUUUUGAGGAAACUGAUCUCGUACAAGAAACGUCUGACAUUAGUUGUUUUUAUUGUGGACAGAAUAAUCAUGACACUGAAUCAAACAUAAAACACAUGUACAAGAACCAUGGAUUGUAUAUACCAGAAAGGUCAUUUUUGGUUGAUGUACAAGGUUUACUUGAGUAUUUGGGUAAUUCGGUUUCCAGGUUUGAGUGUUUGGUUUGUGGUUUUCAUGGUAAAAAUUUGGUGAGUAUUCGUCAACAUUUAUACUCAAAGGGACAUUGCAAGUUGCCAUACGAAACUAAGGAGGAGAAAGAACGAGUGGCACAGUUUUAUGAUUUUAUAGAGGAAGAAGAAAGUGAAACAGGCGAUAAUGAACGAACAAGUCACCCAACUAAGAAGCACGUGGGAUUCGAAGAACCGGAGGGAUCUUCAAGUGCCGCUAGUAACGAACAUGAGGAAACAGAGACCAACCUGUUUGGAUCAGAACAAUCUUCAGGUAUAAAUGACAAUUAUACCCUUGUAAGUAUCGAUUCAUCAGGAGUGGAAUUGACUACACCAAUAGGUUCAAGAAUUGGGCAUAGAUCAAUGCACAGGUACUACCGUCAAAACCUUCCACUUACAUUAACCGUAAGGGAUGAAGGCAGACGAACACAAGCGGUAGCAGAUAGAAGAUUUUCACCGGGAGUAACUUGGAGUCAAGUCACUAAGCAAGAGAAACAAUCACAGAGAGCAGAACAAAGUGCAAAGAAUGGCGAAAUCAGAAAAAUUAAAACAAAGAAGGCAAACUACCAGAAGCAUUUUAGAGAUGAGAUAUUGGGUACAUAG